UCGUGUGGAGAGCUGAAUCCCGGGCCUCAGAGCAGACACCCAAACUGAAAGCUGCUGUGUUGCUGUGGGCAAAGUAACUUCUCGAUGUGAAGCUAUCCCAUGAUGCAACAUGUGUCCCCAGCACCAGCAGUGACAAUGAUGGCCACCCAGAGCGUUCCUCCACCAUCAUACCAGGAGAGCCAACAGAUGACGGGCACCACUCAGCAGAGUACCAAGACCCAACAGGUCCAUAUCCCAGCAGCCUCUGCAGCAGGAACCACCGCUGUCAGUGUGACCCUUGACCCCCAGGCCCAGCUGGAGUCUGACAAGAGGGCCGUUUACAGACAUCCAUUGUUCCCCCUGCUGGCGUUGCUAUUUGAGAAAUGCGAGCAGGCCACACAGGGAUCUGAGUGCAUCACGUCGGCCAGCUUCGACGUGGACAUUGAAAACUUUGUGCACCAACAGGAGCAAGAUCACAAACCCUUCUUCAGUGAGGAUCCAGAGCUGGACAACCUGAUGGUGAAGGCCAUUCAGGUGUUGCGGAUCCACCUGCUAGAGUUAGAGAAAGUCAAUGAGCUCUGUAAGGACUUCUGCAAUCGUUAUAUCACCUGCCUCAAAACGAAAAUGCACAGCGACAACCUUCUCCGCAAUGAUCUUGGAGGACCUUAUUCUCCCACGCAAACCUCUCUCGGCAUGCAACAGGAACUAAUUCAGACCUCCUCUCCAUCCAUGACCUCUGUCUCCAGCUCUGUUAACCCUUCAGGGAUUGUGGUACCUGCCGGGGGUCUGCAACAGGGCAAUGUCGCCAUGACUACCAUCAACUCCCAGGUGGUGUCAGGUGGGACCCUGUACCAGCCGGUUGCCAUGGUGACAUCGCAAGGGCAAGUGUUAACACAGGCAUUGCCCCCGGGAACCAUCCAGAUCCAGAACUCGCAGGUAAACUUGGACCUGUCGUCCCUAUUGGACAGCGAAGAUAAGAAGUCCAAGAAUAAGAGGGGUGUCCUGCCCAAGCACGCCACCAACAUCAUGCGCUCCUGGCUCUUCCAGCAUCUCAUGCAUCCCUACCCAACAGAAGAUGAGAAAAGGCAGAUUGCGGCACAAACUAGUCUAACCCUGUUGCAAGUGAACAACUGGUUUAUCAAUGCCCGUAGGCGUAUCCUCCAACCCAUGCUGGAUGCUAGCAACCCAGACCCAGCUCCUAAAGCAAAGAAGAUGAAGUCCCAGCACCGUCCCACGCAGCGCUUCUGGCCCGACUCCAUUGUGGCUGGUGUUUUGCAGACGCACAGAUCUCAAACGGGCAACAACUCGGACAACCCGCUGAACAUGGACGGCCUCCAGCCACUGUCCUCAGACUCAGCCACCCUGGCCAUGCAGCAAGCCAUGCUGGGAGCCGACGACUCCAUGGACGGCACCGAGGAGGAGGAAGAGGAAGAGGAGGAGGAAGAGGAGGAAGGGAUGGAGGAGGAAGAGGAUGACGAGGAUGGAGAGGAGGAAAACAACAGGGGCAGACAAAUGGCCAGUGGCGGAGGAGGAGGAGGAGGAGGAGGAAGGAGAGAUCUGAGUAUGGAGCACAGAGAUGAACUGGAGUAGUAAGAGAGCGGGAAAUGACGAUGUGGACUUCGAAACCUCAGUGUCUCCGUGAAAAGACAAACGCUAUCCCAUUUCAAACUCAACCAGGCCGGCUCUAAUGUCAAGUGACACUCGAGAGCGUUCAAGGGCAUAUUAGGUUUUCUACAGAUUCAUCAAAAGACUCUUAUAGACUCUUCUGAAGAGCCAUCGUGGAGUCUGGCAGACACAGCGAACAUCACGAUCAUGAUUAUAAAGGAAAAAUGUUACUUUGAUGAUGAAUAUGUGUUGUGUCAUAAUACCGCAGUACCUGCUCAUACAGUGAGCUCCGUAUAUAUUUGGAAGGCAGAACAUUUUCACUCUGUACUCUUAUUAUUUAUGAAAGCAAAUAACUAUAACUAAUACUAAUGCGGACUGUCAGUUUUAAAUUGAAGAUAUUCUUAACCCCGCAGAACGUCGGUGCAUUUGAUGGUUAUUUCCUCCGACAUUGAAGUUAUUCAUGCCAACUUUUAAGCUCUGUAGGAGAGGCGUGACGUUUUGAGGCUGUUUUGACGGAUCGGACACAGUUGAAUUAUUACAGAGACACAGCGACAUGAAAAAAAGAAAAAAAAAAAAACGCUGGACAGGAGGACGUGGUGUGACAAGACAUGACGAGUCUGGCGAUGUUUUAAUGCAAUCUGCUCAAAUACUUUGGCAUCUCAGAAUGGGAAACCGCGCACAAAAAAAGGGCUUUAGUCGAUUUGUUAUUAGUAAAAAGCACCCUCAAAUUAAAGCUGUCAGUCUGCACUUUGCAGUUAAUAUGGCAUUUUGCAUCCCAAACAAUAGGAGCGUGGAGCCCAAAGAAAAGAAAAGUACAGCUGUCCAAAUAUGUGAGGAGCUCACUGUGUUUGCUGGCUUCCACUGUUUGGACAUCAUUCACGCCUUUUUAAUGACUCAUAGGUUCUCAGGUUGAACAACACUUUUGAUUCGGCGUGUUUCUUCGUCAGGAAUGAAACACUGACUCAUUGCUGCAACAAAUCUUUUCAAGCAUGACUUUUGAAGUAAUGUUGAUUUUUUUUUCUUCUUCUUCUUCUUCUUCUUCUCCCAUGAGGCAAAAAAAGAAACUGAAGUAAACCAGUGUAUACUGACUGCACAAAGUAUGUAUAUUGGAUUUUUUCAUAUGUUUGCGUUCUGGUGUUGAAGGGUUUGCAUAUUUAUUCGGUUUUUAUUUUUUUCUCAAUAUCAAAGGGGGGGCUCGACUUAAGUGACAAAGACAAUGUCAGUUGCUUCUGCGUUUUCAGAUAUGGCAAAGGAGAAAGUUUCUGAAUGAGGCUAGUUCUUAAAAGAUCUGGUGGCCAUGCACAUACUUUUCUUCAACCAUCAACUGUUCCAAAAAUUGCUUGUGUAUUUUUGUGACUUGGGAUAAUUCUGUCCCAAAAAGAGAAAAAAACGAAAAAAAAAAAAAAAAAAAAAAAAGAACUUGGCAAACACUGCCAGUGACUACAAAAACUUUCUCAUCAUCAUCUCAACGAAGAUAGAAAUCACACAAACCAAGGGAGAGGCAAUGACUUUGGAAUUCCCUACUUCCAGAUCCAAUGUCGUUCACUGACAAACUCUCUCAAGGAGGAACAUUUUGAGGGAAACGAGCAAGAGACAAAAAAAAAAAAAAAAA